AUGGGGAUACGAGGGGGAACUCACAGACACAAGGCGGAACUCACAGAUACAAGGGGGAACUCACAGACACAAGGGAGAACUCACAGACACAAGGGAGAACUCACAGACACAAGGGGUAACUCACAGACACAAGAAGGAACUCACAGACACAAGAGGGAACUCACAGACACAAGGGAGAACUCACAGACACAAGGGGGAACUCACAGACACAGGGAGGAACUCACAGAUACAAGGGGGAACUCACAGACACAAGGGGGAACUCACAGAUACAAGGGGGAACUCACAGACACAAGGGUGAACUCACAGACACAAGGAGGAACUCACAGACACAAGGGGAAACUCACAGACACAAGGGGGAACUCACAGACACAAGGGGGAAUUCACAGACACAAGGGGGAACUCACAGACACAAGGGGGAGCUCACAGACACAAGGCGGAACUCACAGACACAAGGGAGAACUCACAGACACAAGGGGGAACUCACAGAUACAAGUGGGACCUCACAGAUACAAGGGGGAACUCACAGACACAAGGGGGAACUCACAGACACAAGGGAUAACUCACAGACACAAGUGGGACCUCACAGAUACAAGGGGGAACUCACAGAUACAAGGAGGAACUCACAGACACAAGGGGGAACUCACAGACACAAGGGAGAACUCACAGACACAAGGGAGAACUCACAGACACAAGGGAGAACUCACAGACACAAGGGGGAACUCACAGAUGCAAGGGGGAACUCACAGAUACAAGGGGGAACUCACAGACACAAGGGGGAACUCACAGAUGCAAGGGGGAACUCACAGAUACGAGGGGGAACUCACAGACACAAGGGGGAACUCACAGACACAAGGGAGAACUCACAGACAAGGGGGAACUCACAGACACAAGGGGGACCUCACAGACACAAGGGAGAACUCACAGACACAAGGGGUAACUCACAGACACAAGGGGGAACUCACAGACACCAGGAGGAACUCACAGACACGAGGGGGAACUCACAGAUACAAGGGGGAACUCACAGACACAAGGGGGAACCCACAGACAAGGGGGAACUCACAGACACAAGGGGGACCUCACAGACACAAGGGAGAACUCACAGACACAAGGGAGAACCCACAGACACAAGGGGGAACUCACAGACACAAGGGGGACCUCACAGACACAAGGGAGAACUCACAGACACAAGGGGUAACUCACAGACACAAGGGGGAACUCACAGACACCAGGGGGAACUCACAGACACGAGGGAGAACUCACAGACACAAGGGAGAACUCACAGACACAAGGGGUAACUCACAGACACAAGGGGGAACUCACAGACACCAGGAGGAACUCACAGACACGAGGGGGAACUCACAGACACAAGGGGGAACUCACAGAUACAAGGAGGAACUCACAGACACAAGGGGGAACUCACAGACAAGGGGGAUCUCACAGACAAGGGGGAACUCACAGACACAAGGGGGAAGUCACAGACACAAGGGGGAACGCACAGACACAAGGGGGAACUCACAGACAAGGGGGAACUCAGAGACACAAGGGGGAACUCACAGACACAAGGGGGAACUCACAGACAAGGGGGAACUCACAGACAAGGGGGAACUCACAGACACAAGGGGGAACUCACAGACACAAGGGGAACUCACAGACAAGGGGGACCUCACAGACACAAGUGGGACCUCACAGACACAAGGGUGA